AUGUUUGUUGAAAAUGUUUUAUCACUUCUUGAUUUCAAUUUAGCUCCGAAAAAAAGUAUUCUCACAGACAAAAUUCGAACAGUCAAAAAUUAUUUAUCAAACAGGAUAAGAAUGGAAUGGUUCGAACAAUCGUUGGACGAAACGAAAACGAAUUCGUUUUCUAUUUUUCCCAAUAUCCAGUUUGAUUUUGUGAGAGCAAGUAUCGCUAAUAAUAAUGGACAACAUAGUACAUUUUAUCAAGGUUAUGAACAACUACAUGAAACUGCUCACUUAUUAUUCAGAAAUGACAGUGAACGACUUUGGCGAGCACAAUACAUGGGAAUGCAUAGUACUGAUCACGGCGGACCUUAUCGUGAUUCAAUCACAACUAUGUGCUCAGAUAUAUGUAGUACACGAUUACCAUUAUUUAUUUUGUGUCCAAAUGGUCGGACAAAUACUGGGUUGAAUCGCGAUUGUUGGAUUCCAAAUGUAUUUCCACUAAAUCAAUCGAUUCCCGUUAAAAUCAAAAAACAAUAUCGAUUUAUCGGACAAUUGAUGGGUAUGGCAAUACGAAAGAAACAUUAUCUAGAUUUAAAAUUUCCCAAUUUAUUAUGGAAACAAUUGGUAGGCGAAGAAAUAACUCUGAAAGAUAUUGAAGCGAUCGAUAUACAAAGUUUUGCAAUUAUCAAGGAAAUGGAAAACAAUAUGCAACAAAGUCAAUCAAUCGAUACUGGCAAUGAUAACAAUUAUGUAUUUAGCAGUAUUAUGAAUGAACUUCGAUUUGAUAUUGUUAGUUCAGCUGGACACACAUAUGAGCUGAUUGUCGGUGGCAAAGACAUUCCAAUAACAGUCGAUAAUUUCAAAGAAUACUGUACACGUUAUUGUGAAUAUCGUCUAAAUGAAUUUUGUCGACAAAUUGAAUAUAUUCGUCAAGGCUUAUGUAGUGUCGUACCAAAUGAUUUUAUAACUUUACUUACAACUAGUGAACUGGAAGAAGCCGUAUGUGGAAAAAGUCAAAUCGAUGUCGAAUUACUGAAACGAAAUACUCUGUAUAAUAAUUUCCAUCUAGAAGCACCAUAUAUUCAACGAUUUUGGAAAGUUUUAGGUGAAAUGUUCAAUGAGGAGCAAAAGAAAUUAUUCUUAAAAUUCGUUUGGGGAAGAAAUACAUUGCCAAGUAGAGAUGAAGAUUUUACAGAAAAAUUUUCAAUCAACAUAUUAAUGAAAGAUGAAUGUGAAGCGGAUAGAACGCUCCCACGAUCGCAUACAUGUUCAUUUGCUCUUCACUUACCAUCAUAUUCGACGACUGAAAUCAUGUACGAGCGUUUGAAUUAUGCAAUUAAUCAUUGCUCGAGUAUCGACGCUGAUGGUUAA